CAUAAUUACAACACGACGAUAACAACAACAAAUAAGAUGAGAAAGAGUAUAAGUGUAAAUGAUAGCUAUGAUGAAGAUAACAUAGUAGUAGAUGAUGAGGAUGUUGAUGUUGAUGUGCAACAACAACCGAAGCAGCAACAACAGCAACAGCAGGGAGGUGGUGAUGAUGAUGCUUUUGCCGAUGAGUUUGACGAUGAUGAGGAUGAGGAUGAUGACGAUGGUGACUCAAAGAAGAGAAAGAGAAAGUCUACGUCUGGUUCAUCGUCAUCAUCAACGGCCAAACCAACAAAGCAACAAACAGUACAACAGCUACCAUAUCAAGAUCGUGUAUUCGUUCUCUACGACAAGCUGAUAGACUCCAACGAUAUAGAUGAUGAAGCAUCCUACACUGUAUUAUCAUUGCUAAAUCCAAAGACAAAAUCGAGAUAUAUGUUUGAUAAGAGGACUCAACUGAUAUUGGAGAUCAAUAACUUUAGACAGAGACCAUCGUCAUGGUUCAUGGACAACAGUGUUCGUCAUGAUGGCUCACUAUACUGCACUUCACCGAUCGACCCAUUGUUCCUGAUCAUUCCAUACUUGGAGCGAGCAAAGGAGCGUGCUAACCAGUCGUCGAAAGCCGUGGAAUAUGUCGAACCUUCACAGAUGAUGUGCGAGCCACAGUUUCAACAGCUAAAGGAUGCAGGCUUUGUGGUGGACGACUCACAAUUGGAAUUGAUAUGCGAUCAUACUACACUGUCCGAUCGUAAACUCUAUGCGCUCAACACUGACAAGAUGAUGUUGUGGCUCAAGUGCAAGGUGGAACAGAUGCGCAAACAUCUCUACGAUACCAACACCAACACAUAUCGUGCCAGUGCCAUCCAGUCCAAAUCAGCAUCCGACACGCCACACGAGAUAUGGCUUCAAAUGGCCUUGGACUUUGUUGGCGAGUAUCUUGCCGAAGGUCUACUGGCCAGUCUGAAACAACAUCUAGGGUAUGCAUCCAAAGUCCAUGAUCCUCAUUCAAUCAUUCACUCACUCAUUCAAUCAUUCAAUCAAUCUAGAUUGAUCAAGACGGCAGCGGCCAAGACGGUAACAAGUGCCGAUACAUUGAAUUACAAUGAGAGAGUGAUCGAGCAACAGUUCAAUCUUGGUGUCGCGACAAAGAAGAAGAAGCCAAUCUCUGUGGUCAAGUCCAAGUUGUUGGCGGCCUCUGCCAAACAGACAUCAAAGAUAUCAGACUUCUUCACAAAG